UGAAGCAAAAGAAUCUGACUUUUUUCCCUUCAAAACCUUCCCCUUCCCACCUUUUCUGCUUCUUCACAGCCCCUUCACAUCCUUCCUCUUUAAUGGCACAGAAUCUGAGCUGAUGCCCACAAGGAUUUCCAGGGCCACAGCGAAGACAGUGGUUGCAUUUGACGUCCAUGGCUUGGCAUCCAUGGUGACACCGCCCCCUUCCUUCCUUACUUUCCUCCCCAAAUAGCUCUGUCAUACGUGACCUCACAUUAAAGGUCAGCUCUGCAGCUCCUCCUUUCCUCCUGCUUUCCCUUCUGUCCUCCACCUCUCCUCAGCUAUUUAAAAUCAUCUCUUUUCCUCUUCUUUACCCAACUUUACUGUCCCCUCCUUCCCUUUCCCUUCGCUUCCUCUGCCUUUCUCCUUCCUUGCUCAUAUCUUUUCUCGGUGCUCCCGAAAGCUCCCUCCUUUUGCUACUGUUCCACUUCUUUCUGUGAGUUCGGUGCCGUUUCUUGCUUUCGAGCGCUCAGCCUUGUCAAAGCUGAGUUUUUUCGCUACUAGCAUUGCUUCUGGCGGUGAAUUCUCGUCGAAGUCUCCAAAACCCCGGUGAAUUCUGUGGUCUUUCUUGCUUUUUGGUGCUCUGAUCUAGAAAAAGGAGAGCUUUUUUUCAAGGAGAAGCAAACCUCGCCGGAGAUGUAUCGCGGACCGCCGGAUCAACUGCCGUCGUGCCUCCUCGACCUGAACUGGGAGCAGACGAUGGAGUCGACCGGCCAUUUUGAGGCGGCGCUGAGCUCCGUUGAUGGCAUGGCCGUUCACAAGCUCGUGGGAAGAUUGCCGCACUCCCAUCACGUUGGUGUUCGUCUCAAUUCCCCUCCGAGACCUAAUCUGUCCAUGGCGGGCCAUUUCCUCCAGCCCCAGCAGGCCAUGGGAGGACUGCCACCGUCGGGAACCCCGAUGCCCCUGACACAUUUGGAUCAGUUCUCGGCUGACCUAGGGAGGUUCUCCAGCUUUGGCGGCCGGAAUUAUGGCCAUCUCGCUACUCAAUUUGGGUUUCUGGAUACCGAAAAGCUGUCGAGAACGGCAAGCAGCCAAUCUCUGCAGACGAGUAGACUCCCGAUUGGAAGGGAGAUCCCGGCACAGAAUAGAUUGCAGUUGGACGUGAACAAUGGCGAAUCGAUGAACGCGAGAGAGGAAUCCUCUGUAUCUGAUCCGGCCAGCCGAGAAGUAAGCUUAGGAGCUCCUGCUUGGAGCAGCGAAAAGAAACGGAAAGCUCCUCCGAAGGGCAAAGCCAAGGAGGUUGGUCUAGCGAAUUCCGCCAUGGAUCCUCCUAAGACUGUAAUGUUGCAGGUGGCAGAGGAAGAUGCGAAGAGAUGUCGUUCCAACGAGAAGAACGGAAAUGAAGAUGAUGCACUCAAACCAAAGGUGGAGCAGAAUGAUGGAAGCAGCGGCAAUGGCAAUGGUGGCCAGAAACAGGGCAGGAAUGCUGCUGCCAAGUCCCCAGAGCCACCCAAGGAUUUCAUCCAUGUCAGGGCAAGAAGGGGCCAAGCGACAGAUAGCCACAGCCUUGCCGAGAGGGUGAGAAGAGAGAAGAUAAGCCAGAGGAUGAAGCUACUGCAAGAUCUGGUCCCAGGAUGCAACAAGGUAACCGGAAAGGCGGUCAUGCUCGAUGAGAUCAUCAACUAUGUGCAGUCAUUGCAGCGCCAAGUUGAGUUUCUUUCCAUGAAGCUGGCCACAGUGAAUCCACACUUGGACAUCGACAGUUUGGCAAAUCUCCUUCCUAAAGAUAUGCAUCAGACUUGUGUUUACGCACCACCACCAUGUGUUGACCAUUCUCAACAGGGAGCCUCUCUCCACUGUGUCUUGCCUGAUGGCAUGGAGACCCAAAGCGCAGUGAACCUGCUGGAUUCCACGUUCCAUCAAGGUCUCAGCACACACCAGCCUUUCCUCGAUGGAUUCGAGAGUGCAUCGUCCCAGCUGGGGACAUUCUGGGAGGAUGACCUCCAAAACAUAACUCACAUGGACAUAGGACAAAACUAGGAGACUGCCAUCUUCUCUCAGAGCUUUGGUUGGUAAAGGUCCCCGGUCGACAGCUCAGGGAAGCGUUAGCCGUGAAUCAUUCGAGUUGAUUUGUACAUAUAGGGACACCGAGGGAGGAUCAUGCGAGAAGCUUUGAGCUAACAAUGUCCAGAUCUAAGAAGAUUGCCAUUUGUAUUCCAAUUCAUUUUAGGCCGAGGAUUCUUUGGAGGCUGGUCGGUUGCCGAUUGUAUGAUCUUUUUUUUUACUUCUAGUGUUCCUGAAGAUGCUUCGAACUUUGUCGUGAUUGUAAGAUAAUGAGCACAACAACAGAUUUGACAUCAUGAUGCUGUUCUGCCAAUUUCCAUAA